UCCUCUUCUUUCUUCCUUUUCUCUUAUCCUGAUCCCUCUCUCCUGUUCGUUUUCGAAGAGCCCUGUCGCUGGGAUCCUCCGAUUGUGAGUCGGCUCAGUCAAACACGCCAACCGUCUACUCCCCGCCUCAAAGACAAAAGAAACCAUCGAGCGACUGAUCGCCAUCCCCAUUGGCAGCAACGAUCAUGCCCACGUCCGCAGUAGAUACCCCGGAGACGAAGGUUCCUUCCGAGAAGAAAUUGGGGAGGCCUGAUCCUCUGACGAUGCCCCCAUUGAGGGGCCCCAAACUCGGCUCCCCUUUUCCCUCCCCGACCAGCUCCAAACGUCUCCCGUCGAUGCAUCCCGCAAAUGAGAAUGACCAGAAACAAGGCGAAGAAACAGGGAAAGGCUGUGCAGAGCACGGCGGUGGUGGCGCGGGAGAGCUGGCGGAUGAUGCUCCCGGACCCAGCGCUGCCCCCCUGGGCGCGCGACGACCGAACGACGCGAUCGAAGCGCAGCAACAACCCGGGAACCAGAGAUCACAACCGUCGCAGCCAGGUUCGACCGCGUCCCCGCGCCGUCCGAGCGUGCAGUUCAGUCGUGACCCGUCCGAGAACGAUCCAGCGGCCGACGCGCUACAAUCGCGGCCCUCCUCGGCGGGGGAUGACGCCGACCCCGGGUCGAAAGGGAAGCAGUCCAUUUUUACGAAAUUAAAAGCUUUUGCCUCUCCCUCGUUCGGCCCUCAUUCCCGCUCCGCCAGCGGCGCGACGAUCAAUGAUUUCCGCUACCCCAACAACGACCUCGCCACGCCUGGCUCCGAGAGGGGGGAGUUCCGCUUCCCCAAUACCCUGGCGGAGGAAGACAGCGAUAUGGAUGCGGAUGCGGAGGAGAGUGCAGGAGAGCAACGUCAAUCUCGCCCGACGAAGAAGAGAUAUCCCCGUCGGCGACAGCAGCCGCCGCAGACCGACUCGGCGCCGCAGACCGAGCCCAAUACCCCGAGGGCCACCAGUCGACCGUCGUUCCACUUGCCCGCCUCAUUCGGCCCCUUCGAAGGUUAUCGCCCGUCCUUAUUUCCCCGCAGAGGGAGCACGGGGGGCUUCAACCAGCAACGCGAGGGGGUGUCCGAGGACGAGGGCCGUGAUCGCCUCAAUCGGGAUACCGCCUGGCGGCGCAGAAGCGCGUGGCUGGCCAACAGCCGCGGUCUGACCUAUGGCUCGCAGGCGAACCAGGAGGACCGGCGCCCCAGCAACCUGCGUCGUCUGACGGGCUUGGCCGGUCCGUCAGAGCAUGACGGUCUCGCGCCCCCCUGGAGGCGGCAUCGGGCCGAGCGAGGGUCCAGCCUCAGCGCUCAAAGAUGGCGACAGAUCAAAGCGGGGUUGAAGCUCAUCGGACAGCGGCGCAAGACGGACCACACCGUCGACCAUGCCAAGUCUGCAGAACUGCUGGCGGAGUUGACGUCCGGCGUGCCUGCUGCGUUGAUCCUGGCGAGCAUGUUCCAGCGGGACGAAAAUGGCAGCAAGCGCAUUCCCAUCCUCCUGGAGCAGCUGAAGGUUCGAGUCACGGACAGUCGGAUCGAUUCGCACUCCGGAGACCGCCACUUGGUCUUCCGGAUUGAACUCGAGUAUGGCAGUGGUAUGACGCGGAUGAAGUGGAUCAUCCACCGCACCCUGAAGGACUUCGCCAACCUCCACCUCAAGUACAAACUCCAUUUCGGGACGCAAAAGUACAUUCAAAUGCGACCCACUGAGGGGGGCCAGAACCUCCCGCACUUCCCUCGCAGUGCGUUUCCCUACCUGCGGGGCGUUCGAGGCCUGGAGAGCGACAUGGAAGAUGAGGAGGACGACGGUGGCUACGAGACCGCUGCGGAGGCGACCAGCGGGAACGAGAGACCCGGCAAGAGACACACGCAGCGACGGUCGUCAGCGAACGUCUCACGCCGGCAAUCCAGUGCCACGAACCCGGAUGGCGACGGGGUGGCCGCACCGUCCGACGUCCCCGAGGCCGGGCCGAUGCCCAAGAAGGAGACGUACCCGGAGAAGCAACGGAAAAAGCUGGAAAUGUAUCUGCAGAAGCUGAUUCACUUCCUGAUUUUCAAGCCCGACAGCAACCGUCUCUGCAAGUUCCUGGAACUCUCGGCCCUGGGGGUUCGUCUCGCGGCCGAGGGCAGCUAUCACGGCAAAGAGGGCUAUCUGAUCAUCCAGUCGUCCAAGGGGCUCGACUUCCGACGGGCUUUGACCCCCGCGUUGGUGAAGAAGCGACACAUGCCCAAGUGGUUCCUGGUCCGGCACAGCUACGUUGUCUGCGUCGACUCGCCCGAGGAGAUGAAUAUCUACGACGUGUUCUUGGUCGACCCCUAUUUCAUGCUGCAGGCCCAGAAGAUCAGCCUGCGAAACCAGAAGGCGAGGGAGCUGGCCAAGUCGGCCAAAGAUUCCGCCCGGCACCCGCAGCACCACACCCUCCGACUCGAGAACUCCGAGAGAAAACUCCGGCUCCUGGCCCGGAACGAGCGCCAGCUCCAUCAGUUCGAGGACUCCAUCCGAUUUAUGGUCCAGAACACCCCGUGGGCGAAACCGAACCGCUUCGACAGCUACGCCCCGGUGCGGCACAAGUGCUUUGCCCAGUGGCUGGUCGAUGCCCGGGACCACAUGUGGAUGGUGUCGCGCGCGAUCAACCAGGCGAAGGAUGUCAUCUACAUCCACGACUGGUGGCUCAGUCCGGAGCUCUACCUACGACGACCGGCGGCGAUCAGUCAGAAAUGGAGAUUGGACCGCCUCCUCCAACGCAAGGCCCGCGAGGGCGUCAAGAUCUUCGUCAUCAUGUACCGGAAUAUCAACUCGGCCAUCCCGAUCGAUUCCGAGUAUUCGAAAUUUUCCCUCCUCGAUCUGCACCCGAAUGUCUUCGUGCAACGGUCCCCGAAUCAGUUCCGGCAGAAUACGUUCUUCUGGGCGCACCACGAAAAGCUGUGCAUCAUCGACCACACCUUGGCCUUCGUGGGCGGCAUCGAUCUGUGUUUUGGUCGGUGGGACACCCCCCAGCAUCCUCUUACGGACGACAAGCCGACCGGUUUUGAGACGCCGGACGGGCCCAAGGACGCAGACCACUGCCAGCUUUGGCCGGGCAAGGACUAUUCCAACCCGCGAAUCCAGGACUUCUACGACCUGGACAAGCCGUAUGAAGAGAUGUACGAUCGCAAUGUGAUCCCCCGAAUGCCGUGGCACGACAUCUCCAUGCAUGUGGUCGGCCAACCGGCCCGCGAUCUCACUCGCCAUUUUGUCCAGCGGUGGAACUACAUCCUCCGGCAACGGAAGCCGACCCGCCCGACGCCGUUUCUGCUGCCGCCGCCUGAUUUCGACGCAGCCGACCUGGAAGCCCUCGGCCUUGACGGGACCUGCGAGGUCCAGAUCUUGCGGUCCAGCAGCAUGUGGUCGACGGGGACGCCGGAGAUUACGGAGCACAGCAUCAUGAAUGCCUACGUCAAGAUGAUCGAGGAGUCCGAUCACUUCGUUUACAUCGAAAACCAGUUCUUUGUCAGCACCUGUGAGAUCGACGGCCGGAAGAUCGAGAACUCCAUCGGCGACGCGCUGGUGGAGCGGAUCACGCGGGCCGCCAAAAACAAGGAGGCCUGGCGUGCGGUCAUCGUCAUUCCGUUGAUGCCCGGGUUCCAGAAUACCGUGGACAGCGAGGGCGGGACUAGCGUCCGGCUGAUCAUGAUGUGCCAGUACCGCAGCAUCUGCCGCGGGGAAACGUCGAUCUUCGGCCGCCUCCGGGCCCUGGGCAUCGAACCGGAAGAUUACAUCCAGUUCUUCAGUCUGCGGACCUGGGGCAAGAUCGGGCCGCAGAAACAACUGGUCACCGAGCAGCUCUACAUCCACGCCAAAUGCAUGGUCGUCGACGACCGCGCGGCGAUCAUCGGGUCGGCCAACAUCAACGAGCGGUCCAUGCUGGGGUCCCGCGACUCCGAGGUCGCGUCCGUGGUCCGGGAUACGGACAUGAUCUGGUCUACCAUGAACGGCCGUCCUUACCUGGUUGGGCGGUUCCCCCACACCCUUCGUAUGCGUCUGAUGCGGGAGCAUCUGGGCAUCGACGUUGACGAGCUUCUGGAGCAUUCGAUGGCGACGGAGGAGGAGCUACGCAAGAUCGACAUUGCCGAAGAGGGCCCCGACCCGCCGGGAGAACCCGAGAAGCCCGACACCGAGUCUCUGAUGAUGGAAAAGCAAGACGAGCGGGACAUGAUCGAGCGUCGCCACCGCAUCCAGGACGAAUUCCUCUCGCGGUCCGAGGAUAUGCACAGUUUCAACCACGAUGUCGACUGGGAGCAGGGCAACAACCCCAAUCUGAAAUCGAACCGGAAGCUGACGACCGAUACGCGAGUGACGGCGAAUGCGGGCCACAAGAAAGAUGUCGAUGGGUUUGGCCCGGACCAGCUAAACGCAGCCCAGCAAGCCGGGCAGGGAGAUGGCCGGGACUCCCAGGUCUUGAACGCGCAGACCGAGGUGUUGGUCUCCCCCAUCGCACCCGAGGGUCGGGGCACCGUUCAACAACCCAAGCUCUCGCCGCCGAAGAAGAGCUCCCCGCACAGCGGGUCCGGCCCCAAAGAGACGGGGUCCGCACCCCCGGCCCUUCAGACCCAGGAUCUCGAGUCCGCCCCCGUGGUGGAGGGAAUGCCGGGGGCGCGCCACCCCGCAUUAUCACCGGGUCCCGAGACCGAGGGCGGCGGCACUGGUGGUGCGAUCCCACCGAAAGAUGCGGCCGAUCCAGCGCGAUUCCCGCACCCGCCCGGCUCGGACCUCAAGCACGUCUUUAUCGACAAGGACUGCAUGCGCGAUCCCGUGAACGACAUCUUCUACCUGGACACCUGGCAUGCGGUGGCCGAAAAGAACACGAAGAUCUACCGGUCGGUCUUCCGCUGCAUGCCCGAUAGCGAGGUGAAAUCGUGGAAAGAGUACAAAGAGUACGCGGCCUAUGCGGACAAAUUCGCGGACCGACAGAGCCAAAACAGCGGCAAGGCCUUCCAGCCCCAUCAGCAGAGACGGACUGGUCCGCCCGGCACGGGAGCGAGCGUGGGGAUCUCUGGGAUCCCGGGCCUCCCGAACAUCCAGCUGCCGAUUCCCAACCAGCGCGCCGACGGAACCACCUCCACCGAGAAGGUCCCGCAGCUCCCGGCGGAGAAGACGGACCAGCGGGCGGCGGAGCCUGCCCAGAACACGGGGCCGGACUUGACAAAGAACGAGAUCCCCCAAUCCGCGGGCGAGAAGACGACGGUGCGCGCCGGAGACCAGCUCGCCUCGGGCGCGGUCCCGAACGCACGGCACGAGGAGGGCUGGUCCUCCGGGGACGACGCGGAGAAGCGGAACUCGGACCUGCCUGCGGUCGAUUACUCGGACGCGUUGAACCGGAAUGCGACCCAGUCCCGGCGGCGACGGCGCCGGGCCACGACGCUGGGAUCGAAGCGCGAUUUCCACUCCGUGGACGAGUUGAUCGACCAGCAGCGGGCGGAGGAGCUUCUGGAACAGACCCAGGGGCAUCUGAUAUUGUGGCCUUAUGAUUGGUGGGUCUUACCUUUUUUAUUUUGAGAGCUACGGUUGGAUCAUGCUAACGAGAACCUAGGCUGGAGAAAGAGGAACAAGGCGGCAACUGGCUGUACACGCUGGAUCAGAUCUCGCCCUUGGAAAUCUAGUAAGUUGAUUCCUCUGGUCUUCAAUGACAUUGAUGCUAAUCUGGGCAGUAAUUGAUCUCCUUUCUCUUUCCUCUGAUUCCUUCUGAUGCUGGAAAAGGGACUGGGUGAAUGCUCCCAAGUGGAUCAUUGGCGUUGUGUUCCGGGAAUUCUUGGACAACCAGGCUACCGAGUGGGGGGAGCAAUUGUAAAUAUAGGUAGAAUCAUAGAAAUAAUCCGGACUGGACCAGGACUGGACCCGGACUUGGACCCAGGGAUCGACGAUGACGUUGAGAUCACAGCAGAGACAGUAAGAGAAAGAAAAAAAAAAAAAAACCUGGACAGACUUGCCUAGUGCGUCUCACCGCCCGCAGCGAAACCCCC